AUGGAUUCGGAUAAAUUAUUGCUGAAAACAACAAGAUAUUUAUGUUUAUCUACGUAUCAACUCCUUUUGACGAGUCCUACAAGCAGUAAAAAAAAUGACUCAACUUUGAAAACACCCUAUUUAGUUAUUAUGAUAUGGCAUUGAAUUACUCGCCAAUCAGCACAUGACACCAUACGACAAUAACAUGUGAUUGAUAUUUUUUUGCUCGUAAUUCCUAAAUUUAAAAAGGGUUAAAAAAGCUUAUUGAUGCGCCAUUAUACAAUAGUACAUAAAUUUAUAUCUUGAAAUCAUAUAAAGCUGAAAUUUGAGAGCUAUCGGAAUUUUUUUUACAUAUGUCAUAACCUCCUUAAACUUUAAGUUAUUGGAAUAAUUCUUUGAGAGUUGUGAAAAAUACGAGUUAUAUUCAAGUGAAACUUGCAGUAUUUUCGACUAUAGGAAACUUCUUAAUUCCCUUCAAACAAAAUGUUAAUACAAAAAUCUAUUGUAUGGGGCGUAAACAAUAUCGUCAGUUCACUUACCCGCAAUUUAGAUCGUGGUAGAACAUUUGUUGACUUCGUGGGGCUUCGUUUAUUUACACAGUUGAACUCACAAAAGCUCUUCGCCUUGCACGUUCGCUUUAUUCAAAGCUUUUUCCGUUGGACUUGAAGAUUCCAGAUUCUUUCUGAAAACUUUUGGAGGAGAAGAGUCUAUUUUACUACGUACUUUGUUCAGUUUCCGGUAAUGGUUUUUCAUGUGGAAAUAAACAUUUAUUUCGCUAUUAUUUACAGUCAUUGUCCAAAUCUAUUAGCCAUACGUUGAAAUGAUUUGUUAUAAGUUGGAAAUAUCAUUAUGUUUUAGGUUUAUGUUUGUAUCUACGUUGAUUUGUAACGCGCAUGGCUAAUAAAACUAACAAUAUAAGACUCAUAGCUACUAUUGAUUUUCUUAAGCAUGUUGAUUUGUACUCACCCAUAAUUUGUUCUUGUCAAAUCC